UCUGGCGAGCUGCUCCGCUUCACUACCUGCUGUACCCGUCAAAAAUGCUGCGCAACAUGCUAUAAUUGGCAGGACUGACAGAAAUAUCGGUUGAGGUUCUCAGUCAGAAUUAUAAGCCAAUAAUUCUGAAACGCCUGUCGUCUCAAAGGCCCCGCUGUAAGGCAAGAGCUUCCCCUGCAGUUGUCGCCGUAGUGAUCUUGGUAUUUACAAAAUGGCGGCCGCAUCCCGUUUUGACCGUUAGACCUUUUUGCUGCCUUAUCAAAGUCGCCUUUUUUCAAGACGCUCUUUAACGGAUAAAAAAAAGAAAGAAAAGAAAUAACAAAAAAUUGAAAAUCCACACCAAAUCUGGAUUCACUAACACGGACUAGAAAGAAGUUUGCGAGGUAUAUUUUAGCUAGGAGUGGCUAACAGCUAGCACUGAGCACAGUAACCUGUGGAUUCUAUUUACAAAUAAUUGGGCGAGUGUUGCUUUUCUCUUAUAUUCUCAUACAAACUUUUCUUAAUGUUUUUUGUUCUUUUAAUUGUUCACGUGUACUAUUUGAGCAGUUAGGAUUGAUAUUGAGCAUAAUUGGGAAACUAGCUAGCUGUUCAAUUAUGUUGCAUGUGUAUUUUUUUGAAAUAUUCAUUAAUAUAUUGCUUGUUCUAUGCAUGAUUGCUUUUUUUGGCUUAAUUUUACUUAUUUCCUUGCUUUGUGAUGAAAGUUGCUUGACGUUUUGCAUUGUUUUUACAAUAUGUUGUUCAACGAUAGUUGAGUACUUUUGAAGGCCCUGGUUGAAUUACAGAUGCGCUGGUGGCUAAAUCUGGCAUGUCUUCAUGGUUGUACUCAUGUUGAUGAUUAAUAUGGACUGUCCUUUAUGAAACAAAUUCAAACGUAAAAUGGAGGUAGUGAACCUUGUUUCACAAACACCAAAAAGGUGCAUGCACUGUGACUUCUUUUUCUUCAGAUUUCUUCAGUUGUUAUAAAAAUAUUUUAUAUAGGCCUAUUAAAUAUGACUCAAUAUACAUUUUAAUUCAUAAUUUAACACAUUAAAAUUGGGCUUCUGUCUCCAUAACCCUCCUAUCCCUGCUCUUUCUGAAAUGCCUCACAAGCUCUUCUGUCAACACUUUAGCAACAGUUUUACCAGUCGCACGGCGCAGUCAGCAAGAUGCCUGCUAAUUGCGACUGGCUAGUCUGAAGGAGACGAGUGAGGCAGUGGCCUUUGCACAGCUGAAUGGUUUGCCAACAGCAGAUUGAAGGAAAUUUCUCAUGCACGAAAGAAUCAAAGCAACACUCCGGGUACGUUUUUGACGACGAAAUAACUUCCUAACUUUUUUUUUUUUCAAGUCAAUUUUACAUAGAGUCCCCCCCUUUUAAUGUUAAAAAUAAACCGAAAUAAUUUAUAUCUGCUGAUGAAAAAAAAAACUUACAGAAUUAGUUUGUAUAGUUUGAUGCAGAGUUACAGCAGGUAAUGGAGCUGGGUCAGUCUUGUUUUGGUUCUGUGGAUAGUUUUGGUUCACUGUAGUAUCUCUGGGUCCCCCCACCCCCUCUCCAAAAAACUAUUUUCUCCCCUCUCUCACUACAAAGGCAACAAUAAUAGCAGCUGCGCUCAUCACACCGGACUUACGAGGGAAAUGUGUCGUGAAGAAGAGUUUAAAAAAGCUGUUGUUGUUCCCCCCUCCACUCUCUGCCCCUCGCUGCGUGGAUCUCUUUCCCUCCUCCGCGCUUCUGCUUUAUUUCACGUGAAGGCGCAACAAUACGGGAUCAGCGAGCGGCGCCUUGAACUCAAUUGGCUUUUAUAUUUAGCCCCGUGAGGGGAGCAGCAGCGGCGGCGUGGCGGGGAGAGGAGACCCUGAUCCCGGUGUUGUUUAACAUCCGAACCCCCACAGAGACCUUAGCGCCCGGGGCCGCGGUGCAGCGGCCGGGGGUGGGGGGGUGUGUGGUGGUGAGAUCGCUGCGUGUUCCGUCUGUGUCAGAGAGAGAGAGACGGAGAGAGAGGGAGAGGAAGAGAGCGAGAGAGGCAGGGGGAACAGUUUAUCGGUGGAAACAUGAUGAUGGCCGGUGGUGGAGAUGGUGGUGGAGCAGCAGCGGCUAUGGACCACAACGGGAUAUACUCGAACCCGAACCUCCACAGCCUGCAGCAGCAGCAGAGUCAAAUGGAGGCGGACAACCCGGACUCCCGCAAGCGGCCGCUGGAAACUCCGGCUGAAGAGGCCGGCUGUACCAAGCGCACCAACACCGGAGAGGAGGGUGAGUACUUCCUGAAGGUGCUGAUCCCCAGCUAUGCAGCCGGCUCUAUAAUUGGCAAGGGUGGCCAGACCAUCGUACAACUGCAGAAAGAGACGGGUGCCACCAUUAAGCUGUCCAAAUCCAAAGACUUCUACCCCGGAACAACUGAAAGAGUCUGUCUGAUACAGGGUACUGUCGAAGCCCUCAAUAGUGUCCACAACUUCAUUGCGGAGAAAGUCCGUGAGAUGCCCCAGAGUGCCCAGAAACCAGAACCUGUCAGCAUAUUGCAACCACAGACGACGGUUAACCCUGACCGCGUCAAACAGGCCAAAUUGAUUGUACCCAAUAGUACCGCUGGGCUGAUCAUUGGUAAGGGUGGUGCCACAGUGAAAGCAGUGAUGGAGCAGUCGGGAGCUUGGGUGCAGCUCUCUCAGAAGCCGGAGGGCAUCAACUUGCAGGAGCGGGUGGUGACCAUCAGCGGAGAACCAGAACAGAACCGUAAGGCUGUGGAAAUCAUUGUACAGAAAAUCCAGGAGGACCCUCAGAGCAGCAGUUGCCUGAAUAUCAGCUACUCCAACGUCUCGGGCCCAGUGGCCAACUCCAACCCCACCGGCUCCCCUUACGCCAACACAGCCGAGGUGCUGCCCAACGCAGCCGCAGCAGCAGCCACUGCCUCCAGCCUUCUGGGACAGGCCGGAUUGACAGGAAUGGGUGCCUUCCCUGCCGCCAUGUCCAGUUUCUCUGGCAACGAUCUGCUGGCCAUCACCUCAGCCCUGAAUACACUGGCCAGCUACGGCUACAACACUAACACCCUGGGUCUGGGUCUCAACCCCGCAGCUGCCUCUGGAGUCCUCGCUGCAGUGGCAGCGAGUGCCAACCCAGCUGCUGCUGCUGCAGCUAACCUAUUGGCCUCCUACGCUAAUGAUGCCUCCAGCAGUGCCGGCCACCCCGCUACAGGCCUCGGUGGGUUCUCCCUGGGCUCACUAGCAGCUGCUACUGGAGCUUCCAACGGUUACCUAAAUGCUUCAUCCCCAUUGAUGGCUUCCUCCCUGUUGGCAACAGAAAAGUUGGCAGACGGAGCCAAGGACGUGGUUGAAAUUGCUGUGCCCGAGAAUCUGGUGGGUGCCAUUUUGGGGAAAGGAGGGAAAACACUGGUAGAGUACCAGGAGCUGACAGGAGCCCGCAUCCAGAUCUCCAAAAAAGGAGAGUUCAUUCCAGGUACUCGGAACCGUAAAGUUACAAUAACAGGGUCGCCGGCCGCUACACAAGCAGCGCAGUAUCUGAUCAGCCAGCGGAUCACGUACGAGCAGGGCGUGCGCGCUACCAACCCACAGAAGGUGGGCUAAAACGAAAAUGAAGACAGAAGAGGGAAAGGAUGAAGACGGAGAUAGAAAGAAAUUAAGAGAGUCAAGAAGAAUAGAAAAAAAGAAAUGUCCAAAUAUAUGUUCAAUAUUUCAGUAUCAAACGAGAGAAUUACAAAGGAGGAGGCGGGGGAGACAACCAAGAUAAGUGUGUGUGAUUUGUGAGUGUGUUUUUAGGACAGAAGUCCUGAUGUUUUUUAAAAGUUUGUGUCAAGUCCUUUUGACAAUGGUGAUCAGAGUAAGCUGAACUGGUCCACUGCCAAGUUGCAGAUUCAGGAGUGAGGCUGCGGAGUCUCACCCUCCUCUAAAACCUCAUUACUGUUUUCAUUUUGGUCUUUUUUUGUUGUUGUUGUUUUUGUUGGAUUUAAGUCGGUUUGAGACUUCAGCUCCGGGUGAGCUGAGUGUAUCAGAUGAAGAUCCGGCCAGCUAAUCGAGCUGUUUUAUAAACCUUGCUCUUUGUGUUCAAUGCAGAAGGCAUUGUUAACAGGGGAGAGGUUUUAUGACAAGCACCUGAGCUCAUCUCAGCUAUUUAGGGCAGCAAUCCAAGUAUAAUUUCUUUACAGGCAAACAAAAGCGCAUCUAUGUUGACGUGUGUCGAAUUCUAGCUCAUUUCAUAAUUGAAAUGACAAAAUUUGGGUAACUUAUAUUUUCAUCCUUUAACUUAUUGACAUAGUCUCAUUCAAACACAAGUAGAUUAUUUAAACCUGUGAACGCAGGUUGAUCUGAAUGUAAAAACAAUUUUAGCCUGUUGCUAUUUUUUUUUUCUUUCCAGGGAUCAAACAUUGUGUUGCAGUGAAAGAAAUGUAUAACUCAAACCCAGGCUGAACUGUGCGCUUGCCGUCUUGCAGGUGUAGUUCAGGGGUUGAAGAAUCAAUGUGAGAGGACAGAGGAGACACACAGGAAUGUAUAUCUAUAUUUUAACACAGACACACAUAGAGAACGCUCCCACAAACGCACAAACACUAGAACAUCAUUUCAUAUUCAGCCACUGCUACAAACACAAAGAAAUAUGUUGUUGACAAACCCUUUCUUGGUGCUAUAGGCUUAGAUUUGUACCUCCUGUACCGUGGAAUUCAAACGUUUCCAUGACUUGAGUUUUUACUUGAUUUGAAGUAGCUGACGUGUCAUCCAGCCAUUGGUAGCCCACUGGAUCUGACCCGGCUUCUUACCUAAUGACAAUUGAUUGAUUUCAGAAUUCUGUGAAUAAAUGCAGUUCUAAUAUGAGUCCGUUGUUUUAUAAUCCAAGCCGAACAUCCUGCAGUAGAUAACACCAGACAUACUUUUUUGCCUUAGCCAGACAUUUGUGACACCCAAGAAUUAUCUUAAGACUCAAGACUUCCUCAAAGCAGGGGCAGUUCGCGAAGAGAACAAAAGCACUACAAAGCAUUUUUGAUAAGAAGAGCUGUAAGAACCUAUAUCUGUGAACAAAGAAGCUAUUGCCUUUUCUGUAAGGGUACCAAAUAGUCCAACGUGGAUCAGAAAACGUAUUUUGGAGUCACUUUUCUGUGAGAAAUGCUUCCUAAUUGACAUGAUGACAAACAAGAAAUUUCUGCAGUUCAGUUAAGCAGAAUAUUAUUGUUCCCAACGUACGUUAAUGCUCGAUUGGAGCACAUAAUAAAACAGGACAUGUUUUUGGAUGGUUGUUUUUAUUUAUUUAUUUUUUGCCGCUUGUUUGUCUUGACAGUGGCAGGCCAAAUGUCUGAAGCACUCCAAGAUUACCUUGCGUCCCCCUGUGUGCUGCUAUCCAUAGCGUUCAUCCCGAGUCUGCUGGCUCUCUAAAGACUGCACUGUGAGGCAUUUAGACCACAAUGUAAAGUGUGUCUGUCCUGCUAGGGGUGUGAAUACAUCUUUAUAUGCACAUUUAUGUCACAAGAUCAAAACCAAUCUGCAGAGCCGGCCCAACGCUCCAAACACGACCAUCUUUUACGGUUGUCUUUAUUAGGUUAGCAUAUCAAGGACAUGUCAACUUUUAAAAAAAAACGUUAGCAUAUAACUUCCAUCUCAAGUUUCUUUGACAACCUUUUAUCCAAGGGCAUAGCAUAAGUAAUCUACAUAGAGCUCCAAGGCCAGCAGGGGGCCCCAGAGAGCACUUGACUUCUCAAAGCGUCAAAUAUGUAUCAGUGUUUCGAAAGCAUAAGUUUAUCUUUAACGUCGCUCAGAAGAUUUUGUUUUUAAGUAGCAAUUUCUAAACGAGUUUUAAAUUCUUUAAAAAUUAAAUGUCUUUAAAAAUAAUUCUAUUUUUAAGAUCUGACAAAUGUAGUAAUUUAAGUCAUGCAGAGAGAAAUGUUUGACUGAUUCUAACAGUAGUUGUGGAAUCCAAUUAUUCAAAUUCAUUGGAUGUUUUCUAAUUAAUAUUGAUUCAUCUAUUUUUUUAAUCACUUGGCAAGUUUGUCAGUUCUAAUUAAUUUUGACUUAUGACUGAAUCAGUGAGUAGAUUUCUACAUGACCAGCUUAGAUAUAGAGUUGCUUUAUUUGGCUCUGAAGUCGAGGUGGAGGCGGCAGGUUGCACACAACCAUGAUUUUAUUUCAGCUGCCUUGUGCUGUUGCAAAAAAAAAACAAAAAAAAAAAAACAUUUUCACCCAACAAACCAAGCCAAGUCCUCCAUCACUGUUCACCAAGCUCACACAACAUGUCCUGUUCAUUGACUUUAGACUUAAGGUGCAUUACUGCCUCCUACUGGCUGGAGGGUGUGCAACAGUGUUACCAAUGUGCCAAAAACUUAAGAGAACGUUUAAAUCUGCAAUUAAUGCAUUGUCAUUGUUUUUCACCCACAAUUUUAUCUACAUUUAAUUAAUCAGAAUUAAUAUGAUUGAGUUCUAGUCAAUGGUCUUGAUGCCAGUUUUUUUUUUUUGUCUAUUUCUUUCUUUGUCCUGCUUUUGUCUACGCUGGUGCCUAACAGACAAAUAAAGAUGUGAAUAAAGUAAAUAAUUUGAAGGUCGAGUGAAACACACUCUGUGAUUAAGAAGUAAUUGUUGUCUUAUUACUAAAGAAUGAACAAGAAAACAAUCAAGCUUGGGCAGUUUCAAGAGGUGUUAUUGGUGCCUUGGUGGAUGGGCUUAACUGGAAUUGGGCCCCAAAUGCAAUUCUGCUCGGGGCCCCAUACGGUCUUGGGCCGGCUCUGCCUGACUGUACCAACAGAGAGGAUUUCUCCACACAUGUAUUUAUUACAUCUGCGUCUUUUGACUUUUUCCCUUUACGAAAUUUACCCAUCUACUGACCCAAACAGAACGUCCCCGGUCCUCGUACGUCCACCUCCCUGUUGCUCUAUGGGACAUUUUCAAUAUAGUCACCAUCAACCCAAGCUCUAUGACCAGCUUCCUUAAUGCAAAGCUGUGAGGGUUGGUGCUGAGUUGUGUGAAAGACAUUCAGACGCUCCCAGUUUUCAGGAGAAUCGUUUUGUUUUUGACGAAUUGUGUGUCAAAAAAAAAAAGAAAAAAAGAGAGAGAAGUAAGCAGAUUUCAAACUACUUUCAAGCAACUCUUUGUGUGUCAACAUUCUGUGUGGCAAUACAAGCAGUGGGCCUUUCUUCCCAGCUCCAGUCUCUUCCUUUCACUCUGUGCUUGGAAGGCCUCACAGUCAUCCAUAACUACAAUCUGGCCACCUGUGAAAUCAUUGCAUAAGAGAACCUUUUACUGCCCAAGAUUUUAGCAUAUAAUAAGAUAAAAGCACAAAACAAGGGGGUGUUUUAUCAAUGCAACUGGACUGUUGGACUCCAGAGAGCUUCUCCUUCAGAACUCCCUGAUCCAUACAUUGUGCCAAAAUCUGUUUCCUCUCCCUCCCAUUAACGUUCCUCUUCCUCCCGAUGUUUUUGUUCCCCUGCAUGUCCUCUGUCUGCGUUCUGAGACUCCUCCUGCGUCCCCAAGCUCCUCCGUCUGUCCUCCUUCCCUCCUACGCCGUGUUCUCCCCCUCUUUCUCCUUCCUCUUGUCUUGUCGUCUCAUGGGCGAUGUGUGUGUGGGUGGGAGUUAUGCACUACGAGUCGUAGGGGUACGAAAAUGUUUUCCCGGGCCGCAGAGUUCACAAGGCUAAAAAUGCACAGAAAACACCUGCCUCCAAAACUGUGACACCCACCGAGACCAACCAGCAAACGUUAGCUCAAAAGUGUCAAAUUUUUCCUCAGCGGGAAGAAUGAAGGAAGAUUUGGGGGAUAGGUUUGGCCUUUUAAAAGGAAGGAAAAAAAAUUUUGUUUGUUGUUUUUCAUUGUUGUUAUUAUUUUUUUAAAACUAAAAGGCAAAUCUUGGCAGAACGAAUUUUAACCCGAUGGCCGACCUCGAGCUCUAAACAAAAUAUUUCGGACAGAAUGCAUAAGACACAUGAGAGAGAGCAACGUGGGAACUUGUUUGUGACCUCAAGCCGAAACAGUGACAUCCUUUAUGCAUAUCCUGUUAUCUGAAAAAUGACUAGAGCUCAUUUCUGUGGAAUACAAUAUGUCACGUCAUAUGAUCUAUAUGUACUUUAUUGUAGCUAUUCUAGUUUGUAGUCCAAAUGCAGUCCAGCGUUGUCAGUACAAUGUGAAACUAUGUUAUAUUUGUGUGGAUGAUGAGAGUGCCAACUAAGCCUGACUAAGAUUAGCUUCGCAGUUUGUUUGUGCAUUAUGAUGCCUCAUCAUCGAGCGGUGGUGUCCAUAUUUCUGUCACUGAUGAUUUAGUUUGACAGUAAGAAAAAUGUUAAGAAUAUUGGAAGCAAUAUAGUAGCAUGUUGUCCUGUUUUGUGUUUUAUGUCUGUUGUAUGAACCUUUGAAAUUACUAAGAUUUUGAAUGAAUAGGUUUACAUGUACUUCUUUUUGUAAGUUAUGAAAAUGCUGCUAUUUGAUAAGUAAACUAUACAAAAAAUAUUUUAGUGGAAAAGAUGUCUGGUCUGUUGAUUAGAGACGCGCUCCAACGGGGUGGAGCAUUAAGCCGAGGUGUAUCGAGCGCUAUACAGUAUUGGUAAGAUAGUAGAAGUAAUAAAUAAUAGACUCCAUAGUAUGACCUGUGCCAAACUAGACCUCCGCAGCUUCUGAAUUUGUAGAUGUGCGAUCAAAUGUUAGAUAUCAAUAACUUGUUUAGAAGUGCUGAUCAAGUGCCAAUUACCUUUUAAGUUAAGAAAAGAUAAUCAAACACAUUACUUAAGAAAACAAAGGACAAAGAACUUUUUUGUGCAUUGUUUUAUCCCAUAGGUACAUAGAGUAAGAGUUAAAGAUUGUGAUUUUUAUGGAUCCAUGUUGUUUUACACUCCAUGCAUCCCUUGUGUGUUUGUUUGACCUGUGGCUUAAGUACCGCUGUUUUCUCACAAAUGUCUCUAUAGGCCAGCAUGGACUAAGCAUAACAUGUUAUAAGCAUCCAUAACAUAGCCAUUAACAAUCAAAACGAUGUGUUUGUGGAGUUCGGUGUUAUCUUUUUGCACGUCUUCUAUUGCAUGGUAUCAAAGUAAAAAUUACGGAGGAAAAAAAAAAUGGGGAAAAAAAAAAAGUCUAAAAAUCUUGCGAGGAGUCUCGCAAACAUUCAGAGACAUAAACGCUGCAUGCAGUCAAAAUGUAUAUCUCUUUGAGUUGAACUCACCUCAUGUUAAAACUGUUGAUCUUUACAUUGUGAGUUGGGAGGGAGCUCAUUAUCGUCAUGUUGGCCCGAAAAGAACAAAAAAAAAAGAAAAAAAAACCAAACACGAACACGCAUCUGAGAUCGGAUUUCUCAUGGGUCGAAUUCAUCUCUCUAACGUCACCGAGAAGAUUUUUGUUUUUUUGUAAUUUUUUUUCUGUCUUUCUUUCUUAGAUCCAGAGGAGGAUUACAAAUGUGAAACAAGCAAACGUGAAAAUGUUACUCAGUGCAUUGGCUCUUUGUGUUUUCAGGAUCCACUUUCUUUGUUUUUUUUGUUUUGUUUUUUCAUUUUAUUUUAUUUUAUCACAGCUUGAAAGCCCAGAUCUAAUCUAAUGAAUGUACUCAUUUCUUGUUUCCUUUUGAUUUAUUUUUGUAAAGAAAAAAAUCUCUAUCUAUGUUUGGGGUUUUUUUUGGGUUUUGUUGAAUGUCUAACUGUCUUUAAUGUAAAUUCACGGCAGGAAUGUCAGCUACAUGUAAAGUUAAUGCGUUUAAACAGCUCCAGUCAGGUAGGCCCCAGACGGCCGCAGUCAUGAACCAGAUAUGCGAACACAACUUCCGAUUCGCUGUCAACAUUUUCCAGUUUGUUUGGUGUUGCAUAAAUGCACUUUAUUGAAGGGGCGGGCGGGAAAUGAGGCAAACCGUGUUGGCUUUCCACAACCAUGUUGUUCUCAUCCUUUGUUCUGAUUUCAACUUUUUUUAUUUCUUUCUUUCUUUCUUUUUCCGUGUUGGGUCUCGAGAAUGACGGGAAGGGCUGGAAUCUCAGACAAAAUAGAAAAGUAGCACCUGUUUCCUCUCUCUAAGGCUUCUCUGCCACAUUCCCGGAGGACUGAUUUGUACACUCGUGUCCACUUUUGGUUUUAAAUCUCAAAUCAGGAUUUUUUUCUUAAAUUUUGUUUUAGGGUUGUUGUUGAUUUUUUUGUUGUUGUUUUGCCAAAAGAUUCGAAGUGAAGGGUAAAGCAUCUUAGCUGAUGUCACAAUCAGAUCUGAGAGACAUCUUUGGCACCAGCAACACGAAGAGCGACUCUUGCCUCCCCAAUCGGAGGAAAACCACAAAGGAAAAGCUGUGAUUGGUUAAGGCCUGCUCUCAUCAGUGAUUUAUCCGUUUCAUCGUUGCGUGUUAAGCAUCCGAGCGCCAGACCAAUUGGCAGCGUCAUUCCAAAGGUGAUUAUUUUUAUCUUUUAUUUUUUGGCGGUUUUGAUUUUCACUCCAAACGUGUCCUGGACAUUCAUCCCCCUUCACAAGGAGGCUAGGACUGAUCUUGAAACGCUACAAAACUGGCUACGGCUGCUCACUCCUCUCUUUGAACCAAUUCUACCUGAGUCUCUCUCUCUCGGUCUGCACGAUACCACGACUUGUUUCAUUACUACGAGAACCUGCAACUGUGUCCACCCUUUAAACGGGUUAAGGCUUUUCUGGGGGAAAAAAAUAAAUAAAAUAAAGGAUUCUUUGCCAACCAGACAUGAGGCCAUUUCUGUGUUUGACCCUCAGAACCUCCCAUGGACUUUGUUGACCUUCUACAUCCUCAGAACUCAUGUGUGUGUUGGAGAUUGAACUCUCAAACUCUGGAAGACUGUUCUGUUCUGUUUUUUUAUUUUCCUUUGACUGAACGCUUGCUUAUGUGUCAACGUAAGGGAAGCACAUUUGUACUUUGCAAAAGUUCUCAUGUCUUUAGGUUUCGGGAUUUGCUUUUGACGUUUAACCUCCGUUCGCUCCAUCUCAGACAAAAAUGGGCUGACAGCAUAAGAUCAAAUAUUUCCGGCUUGAGCAGAGUGAUGUUUCCUUCAUUGGGUACAUUUCUCUUCCGAUACCACAAGCGAGAACGGUUCCGUCUUUGUUCUGUUGUGACAAACGAGGAGAAUAUGUGAAAGUCCGCAGUGUAAGACUACCUAAAGGGCUUUCUCUGAGAGCAUUUAUACGAGUCUGUUGAACGUGAUUUGGAAAGAAAAUGCCUUCCUGUGCCAUUUUAAAACAAACAAACAACGAGAAAGCUUUUUGUCAAUAAGAGUGCCAAAUAAUUCCACACUGAGCCAAAAGGCAGCCAGCCGUCGUAACUGUUGGAUCUGCGGGGACGAUCCCGUCCCGGUUCCUCUCCCCUAUAAAAAGAAAAAGAAAAAAAAAACAUCACCCUAUUUGUGCAAUGUUGGAGCUCACAUACCAUUAUUGUUAUGCUGCCAGUCUGUUUUCUGCUUCGGUCAGAAACAUCUCAGAAGCGGGAUAUUUUCUAUAAAAAGACAACAGCUACUACGGUGAGGGAAUGAGAGGAUUAAUUACUCGUCAUUGUUUCUGUUUGUUUCUUUGAGCAUCACUCAUAAUAGAUUUAACGGUAAUGACUAUUUAAUGUAACUGUAGUACUGUGUUUGUAAAAGAAAUUCAGUGAGUUGUGUUCUAUGACUCGUGGACUACCAGUGAAGUCAGCAUUUCAGUGUUAAUAAUUGAAUUGUUUUUUAAAGAUUAUUUUUGCGACGGCAACAAAGAGUCAUUAUAAAUGUUCAUUUUAACAUCA